AUGCCCCGUGCCUUCCUGGUCAGGAGUCGGCGUCCGCAGCCACCCAACUGGGGCCACCUGCCUGACCAGUUCCGGGGAGAUGCCUAUGUCCCAGACUGCAGCAACCAGCGGGGCCCACCAGCACACCAGUCUUCUGGCCUUGGGGACUCUUGGGCAGCGCCUACGCAGGGCAAUCUGGCCUCCGCUCCCAGGGACCCGGGGACACUUGGCUGCCCACUCUGCCCCAAGGCCUUUCCUCUGCAGCGUAUGCUGACACGGCACCUCAAGUGCCACAGCCCGGCGCGCCGCCACGUGUGCCGCUGUUGUGGCAAGGGCUUUCACGAUGCCUUCGACCUCAAGCGCCACAUGAGGACUCACACCGGGAUCCGGCCGUUCCGCUGUGGAGCUUGUGGGAAAGCAUUUACGCAGCGCUGCUCACUUGAAGCUCAUCUUGCUAAGGUGCACGGGCAGCCCGCCAGCUACGCUUAUCGUGAGCGCCGCGAGAAGCUGCAUGUGUGUGAGGACUGUGGCUUCACAUGCUCGCGGCCUGACGCCUACGUGCAGCACCGCACCCUGCAUCGUGUUGCUUAA